AUUGAGAGGAUUCGUCAACUGUAGAAAAUACGUGAAGAACGACUCCUGCCAGUCCCUUGGUGCGAAGAUUUCAGUUUUAGUCUGAACGAGAUUUUCACCAGGCUCAGAAUUGUAGGCAAAGAUAAGACUAGAGGAGAAAUGAGGGACGAUAUCACAAACAUGACAGCUAUCUUCAAAACCCAUGAAGAAUGCAAAGAACCCCGGACAGUUUUGAUCGAAGGGGAUCCAGGUAUGGGAAAAACAACCUAUUGUCAGAAGCUGGCGUACGACUGGGUAACUUCACGAUAACACUGGGACAAGUCCUUCCCGAUGAUUGCUCUACUUUUACUGCUCAGGUGCCACGAUAUCAAAUCUAACCUUUGGCAAGCAAUUGAUGACCAACUUCUUCCUGACGACAUCGACGAAGAAUGUAAAAAAAACCUUUUCAAGUUCAUUCGUAAGAAUCAGUCCAGGGUUUUGUUUGUUCUUGAUGGCUUAGACGAAGCUGACCAUAGUGAAAUAGACAUGUUUAUCGAUCUCGCUCAAAGUAAAGGACUCCACAAAUGCCUUUUUGUUUUCACAUCUCGUCAUGAAUCUGGGAUGAAAAUGAGGCCCUACUGUGACAAUCUGUGGUAGAUUGUGGGAUUCACAGAAGAAGACGCCGAACGUUUUAUUUACAAGUACUUUAGAAACAUGGAACACUUGGCUGAGAGACUUCUUAAAGAGAUUAGGUCAAGAUCAGACUUACGCCAACUGACAUCAAAUCCUCUUAACAUCGCACUACUGUGCAUUCUUUGUGAGGAUUUUAAAGAAACCUUUCCAGAGAGCAGAACUCAAUUGUACAUUGAAAUCGUAAAGUGUGUCUUGAGAAGAUAUGAAGAAAAGGAAGGA